AGAAGGAAGAUUCAGUUGAAAUGAAGUCCCAAGAGCAGCUCCAAAACUUCUUCCUCAUGGGGCUUGCAUAGGAUCUUCUAAAGUCAGUUUCUGGCUUGCAGGCUGAAGGUUUUGGAACGGAUGUUGGAAGAUGUUAGCUGUGGAUACUGGGCUUGUGGAGGAGUGGUUAUCAGAAUUCAAGACACUGCCAGAAGCAUCCAUAUCCAGCUAUGCUACAAACUUGAAAGACAAGAGUGCUUUGAUUUCAUCUCUUUACAAAGUAAUUCAGGAGCCACAGAGUGAGCUUCUGGAGCCAGUUUGCCAUCAGCUCUUUGAGUUCUAUCGCAGUGGUGAGGAACAAUUGCUACGAUUUACACUGCAGUUUCUACCGGAAUUGAUGUGGUGCUAUCUUGCUGUCUCAGCCAGCAGAGAUUUGCAGAGCAGUGGAUGCAUAGAGGCUCUCCUCCUAGGAGUUUAUAACUUGGAGAUAGUUGACAAAGAGGGACAUAGCAAAGUGCUGAGUUUCACAAUUCCAUCUUUGUCCAAACCUUCGGUCUAUCAUGAACCUUCCAGCAUUGGCUCCAUGGCUCUCACUGAAGGAGCUUUAUCGCAGCAUGGCUUGUCCAGGGUUGUAUACAGUGGACCUCAUCCUCAGAGGGAGAUGUUAACAGCACAGAACAGGUUUGAAGUGCUGACUUUCCUUCUGCUCUGUUACAAUGCUGCCUUAAGCUACAUGCCUGCAGUUUCUCUUCAGUCGUUGUGUCAAAUUUGUUCAAGAAUUUGUGUCUGUGGAUAUCCUCGCCAGCAAGUGAGAAAGUACAAGGGAGUCAACAGCAGGAUUCCAGUUUCAUCUGAGUUCAUGGUGCAAAUGCUGACAGGGAUUUAUUAUGCCUUUUAUAAUGGAGAAUGGGAUCUGGCUCGUAAAGCUAUGGAUGACAUUUUGUAUAGAGCACAGCUGGAACUGUAUCCAGAACCUCUGCUGGUUGCUAAUGCAAUAAAAGCUUCACUGCCUCAGGGUGCCAUUAAAUCUAGUAAAGAAGGAACAAGAUGCAUUCAGGUUGAAAUUACACCUACUUCAUCCAGAAUAUCAAGAAAUGCUGUGACUAGCAUGUCUAUUCGAGGCCAUAGAUGGAAAAGGCAUGGUAAUACUGAUUUAGCAAUUCAAGAAGACCUGAUAGAAGUAUCUGAAAGUGAUGAAGGGUUUUACUCUAGGGCAACUUCCAGUACAAGUCAGUCUGCCCUAUCUAACAGCAGCAACACGAGCAGUAAGAACCUUUUAGGGAAGAGCCAACGAAGGUCUGGAGGAAGCAAAUCUGGAGGAAAAGAAAAGGAAGGAGAAACCUGCAGAGAACACUUGUCACGAAAACAAACUCAGAGAGCCAUGAGUGAGAAUCUAGAGCUUGUCUCUCUGAAGAGACUGACACUGACAACGAGCCAGUCCCUGCCUAAGCCUGGCAGCCAUAGUUUGGCCAGAACAACCACUACUGUGUUUAGUAAAUCCUUUGAACAGGUCAGCGGUGUCACAGUUCCAAAUAAUCGUGGUGGUGUAUCUGGUACAGAGGCAAACAGGUUUUCAGCUUGCAGUCUUCAGGAGGAAAAACUGAUAUAUGGAACAGAAAGAACAGAUCUUCCAAUUUUAAGCAAACAACCUAAUCAGCAGCGACCUCCUAGUAUUAGCAUAACUUUGUCAACAGAUUGAUAUUAAAUUGGCAAGUACGAAAAAUAAAAUAUUGAGGGUUUAUGCCAAUGCUGGUACAUUGGUACAUUCAGCUCCUUAAUAUGCUAUACAUUACUUUCUUAAACCUCAGGCCCAUAAACUCUUAUUUGGCUCACAUUUGACAGUAACAGUGAAUAGACAACAGUUUUAAUCAUUUUGCAUCAACUUCUAACAGCUUGGAAAGUUCCUCUUUGACUUACAUCCAGUAUACACCCGAUUGCUUAUGGCUUCAUGUGAAGUUUACAGCUUCACCAAUUUAACAGUUAUUGACUGGUUGUGUAGCCACUGACCAAGAUGUGUGGCUUUAUAUAAAUGCACAGUAUGGGAACAAAUAGAGCCUCUUUCCCAGAUUCUGCUUUUUCACUACCACUUGGCAUAGGCAAAACUGCAAGUACUACUUUUAUUUAAGAGGAGUCUUGCAGUACAGGCAUGAAAUUUUGGAACAGCAUUGUAAGAACAAACAUUCUCUUAUGUUAUCUAUGAGAAAGCUGUGCUUACAUGUAAGGUUAAAACUAGAAGCAUCGGUUCAGUGUUUGAUGUUAUGGUGGUUUUUGUAAUGGUACUUAGUAUACCUUGCAAUGUUCAUACUUUGAGUCUGGAUUAUAGAUGCAUUUUGGUUUUUCUAUAUGUCUUUGAAACUGGGCCAAAAGUCAUAUGGCAGCAGUACUUGUGGAUGGGAGUUCUUAUCAGUUGCUAUAGUAGUCACUCUUCAGACUUACAAAUUGUGUGACAGACUGUUUCUUUCAUAUUCUUAAAUAUCAGGCACAAAGCUACUCAUUGAAAAGCGGCUGUCAUCAUCACUUUCAUUAUUUGUGGGGAAGAGAUGUGCUUAUAUAACAAUGUUAUGCAGGAAAUAAGGCAUGAGCCCUUUGCACUGACUCAAGCAAAUCAGGAGUGUGAAUGUGUUUAAUGUGAAAUUCUUACUUGAGACUAACAGAUUACUACCAAAGGAUGUGUACUUUCAGUAACUUGCAAGCACAAAGGGAAAUUAUAAUGUAAAUAUAACUAGCACUGUAAUUCCUAGAGUUUUAUAGCUAUUAUUUUUCUAGUUUGAAAUUCUAAAACAGCAACCUGUUCAAGGUUACCUAACCUUUAACCUUCAGUUAGUUUGGUGACCUUGUUUGAUACAAACUUUUAUAGUGUUAAGACUUAAAAAAUGGACAUUAAAGCUUCUUAUGUAGAAAUCUGGAGAAGAUACAGCUGACAAAACCACUCCAGUAGCAGCGAUUAGCUGAUGAACAGACAAUACAUUAUUGUGAGUGGAGAAAUAGGAUGAAGAUCUAAGGCAUAGUCACUCCCAACUGCCCAGGUUUCUGCACCUAGUGAUCCCUGAAUCAUCAAGAACCUUGUAAUAAACACUAAAUUUCUGGUAGACUUUCUUAUUUGCCUGGAGAUAAGUUUAGAUAUCCCUUUUUGGCUUAAUCUGAAGCACAAAUAACUUUUAAGCAGCUAAUGUUAUUCAGGUUUAUAGCAAUUAAAAAGCUGGUUAAUUAAUUACAAGAGAUGAGGAGACAUAGUUGAUAGGGACAAGUAAGUCGUAUAAUUCUACUUCUAAGACUGCAGGCCAGAUGUGUACAUUUCUCAAUAUUCACUGAAGUCUGUAGAAUAGCUGCAUCAGUCUAUGGAUGUUUGUCUUCACCUGAGAACCCGAGUUUAAAUGAAUGUGCCACACUUUCUUGUUCUUCACUUUGUUGUGUGGCACUGUUCUAUUCUAGUAAUGCAGCAGUACACCUUUUUGCAGUGAUUUCUUAACUGUACAUGAAAACUUACAUUCCUAUUGUAUAAACUACAAGGUUCUCCUGUUUAGUGUUUCAUACUUUGGCCAGUGCAACUGGUUCUUUGAAGUUGUAUGUUUUUGUAAAUACUUUGUACAGCAGAAAAUUUUGCCUCUUUUUAACAGGUUUUUCUGCAAUACACAUUAGGCAGCACAUUUGUUUCAUAUUGACUAAUACACGUGGCUGCUGGAGCGUGCAUAACCACUAGCAGUAGAAGGGUUUUAGGCAGCUGAUAGCAGGCCUCAGCUAGCACUACACAUGCUUGAAUGUAGAGCUCUUCUGUUCCUUGAAGUUUGUUCUAGAUGUUAAAAAGAAAGAACCUGCAGAACUUAGAUCUGCCUCUUGAUCUGCUCUGGCAGUGUAGCACUUAAGAAUACUUUGGAAACACGUUACAGUAAUUUAAAUUGAAACAUAAACUAGAGUAGCUAAAUAAAAUUGCAGUUGGCAGAUGAUGUGAUGAUAUUACUUCUGAGUUAGCGUUAAGGGACUAGAAUUUUUAAGUAAUUCUACUGGUUUUGUUUCAUUUCAUUCAUGAUUGUUUCAGUUAGACAGAGCAGACACUCUUUCAAGCUGGGUGUUGGUAUAAAAGAUUUAUUAUACUGGGAAGAUUUGGUCACUUCAGCUAUAAAUAAUUAGAAUUUUGAAGGUUCUAAAAUGCCAUAAAAUGUAGAUAUGUAACAUAAUGUUUACAAUACUGCUGGCUCCAAGUCAAACAGUGUUGAAGUUAGUUUAUCCUUUUAUUUAUCCAGCUAAUUAUUCUAACUGUGGUCUGGCUUGAACCCAAGACAUAGGCUCAUAGUGGUACAACUGAAAUUACAUAAACCUUCAGACUUUUUUGAGAAAAUGAUAAAAGGAAAGGUUCUUGGUGCUAAAGGCUGCUGUUUCUAUGCAUAUGUGGCUUAAUAAAAAUGUGUAUGUGUUGGUCUCUGGAGCAGCUUACACAAUGAGCAUCUUUCGUGAACUGGCAUCACACCUUGAUACUGAUAGUCUAACGAAUUUCUUUCCUGAUGUAAGUAAUGAAACUUUCAGUUGUGCUUCCUUUCUUAAAAAUGGAAAAGGGGAAAAAACCAAACCAAACCAACAAACAAACCCAAACCAAAACAAAACAAAAAAAACCCCAAAAGCAGGGUAAGGGAGAGGGAGGGCAGAAUUAUUUGUUGUCCCAAUAUCCAUGGUGCAAAAUUUGGGGUGGGGGGAAGGGUGGGAGGUAGGGCUGGAAGCAGAUAUAGUAAUUCUUUCAUGAUAUUUCUAAAACUGUCAGGCUCUCGGGUUUUGAGCGUUAUCUGAUCACUUUAGACUGAUGAAUGAAAAAUGUGUAUUAGAGAAGUAGAGGCCUUUUAACAGUGUAAGGAAAACCUGUUAAAACAUCCCGUAUUGUAGUCUGGCCGGUGGCGGGUAGUUCUGAUGAAUAGUCCAAACAUCAUACGCAGCUGCAACAUUCUGUGGGAAGAAUGUUAUGUAGGAGUGAAUCAUCUCAAAUUAUAAGAGAAGUUGUUUUAAUGCUGACAUUUAUAACUGACCUUACUGUUUCUAAUGACUGCUUUGAACAGCAACACUUUCAAAACUCUGUUGAAGCUGAGAAGAAUUAUUUUUGUGAGAAUCUGGAACACUUGUGCAAAAAGUGUGUGGCCUCGAACCACUUGCUGUAGAGCUGCAAUGACUUUUCUGAAGGAAAUGUCCUUGGAUACCGGACAGAUUUGACAAAUACAGAAAUAUAUACCUAUUUUAGCCACAUUUCUCUCCGAGGAGGCCUCUUCUCAUUUCUAUGAGGGUUCUAGAAAUUUCUAACUUAAUUAUUGUCUGAUAUCUUUUGUCAGUGUUUGAGGCUUAUAGUGCUGUAUAUAGGUGUGUAAUAUAUUGCCUCUUGUAUUUGUAUAAUUCUACUUUUAAGACUGGAUGGGUACAUUUCUCAACAUUCACCGAAGUUUGUGGAAUAGCUGCAUCAGUCUGUGGAUGUCUGUCUUCACCUGAGAACCUGAGUUUAAAUGGAUAUGCUACACUUUUUCAUUCUUCAGUUUGUUGUGUGCAGCUGUUCUGUUCUAUUAACACAGUAUUUCACCUUUUUUACAGUGAAGUGGUCUCUUAAUUGUACAUUAAAACUUACAUUCCUAAUGUAUAAACUACAAGGUUGUCUUGUUUAGUGUUUAAUAAUUUCGACAGUAAAAUAAACUGGGUUUUUUUGAAA